GGCAAUUGCACGCUGUCCCGGCAGCUUCCCAGUGCUCAGGCCAUGUAUAGCUCCAGUGCUGUUUGAACCCCUACUCGUGGAAAAACACAUGCACGCUCACAACAACACACCCUCACACUCGGAUAUAAAUAACACCUCAUGUUUCGGUCUUUGGAACCAGGAGUGAGACCUGUCCGACAUCAGCAUGUGAAGCGUGCACUGGCAGCGUCUUGCAGGAUUCUCUCUUACUUCUGCUUCCUAGUCAGUGUGACAUAGACGCUUUUUCUCCUGAUCUUGGUAGAAGCAGACUGCCGCUUUAAGAAAGUGCGUGGAGACUUCCUCUUCCACAGAUCCUGAAUGUAGCUUGUCAGUCCUUUUUGAUUUUAACUAAAUGAUUUAACACUUCAGCUUGACCUUUGAUUGUUUUUCAUCAUUAGCUCUAGUAGCAAACUGUUUUUAUGAGCUGGCUGAAUGAUCAAGAUUUCCGGACCUUAUCAUUUAAGCUCUUGGGGUCUUAAGUGCUGUCUGAUUUUCUCCAAGUGACGAAGUUUUAAAGUCCCUCCCCAGGGUCUGUGAAUGAUGCAGGACUUCUGGGGAGACGUUGUGAAUCUGAGGACCACCAGAGGAGCUACGAUAAUAUCGGGCAAUGAUGAGGAAGCUGUUGUUGAUCAGGGGAAAACCAGCUCUACCAUCCACACAAACUUUGAAAAAGAGGAACUUGAAAGUCACAGGGCAGUUUACGUGGGCGUACACGUACCUUUAGGAAGACAAAGCAGGCGUAGACAUCGCCACCGUGGCCAUAAGCACCAUCGGAAAAGGAGGGACAGAGGGUCCGAGCGAGAGGAUGGGAGAGAAUCGCCAGCGUACGACACUCCCUCACAGAGGGUCCAGUUUAUCCUGGGCACUGAGGAUGAUGAUGAGGAGCAUAUUCCUCAUGACCUCUUCACUGAGCUCGAUGAGCUGUCAUUUUACGAUGGACAGGCUUACGAGUGGAAAGAGACGGCCAGGUGGUUGAAGUUCGAGGAGGAUGUAGAGGAUGGAGGAGAGCGCUGGAGUAAGCCCUACGUCGCCACACUUUCCCUGCACAGCCUGUUUGAGUUACGGAGCUGCAUUCUCAAUGGCACAGUCAUGCUGGACAUGAGAGCAAACACUAUUGAGGAGAUAGCAGACAUGGUAUUAGACAACAUGGUGGCGUCUGAGCAGCUGGAUGAGAGUUUGAGGCAGAAGGUGCGGGACGCCGUGUUGAAGAGACAUCACCACCAGAAUGAGAAGAAACUCAGCAAUCGCAUCCCGCUCGUACGCUCCUUCGCCGACAUAGGCAAGAAACAUUCAGACCCGCACUUGCUUGAGAGGAAUGGGGAGGGUCUCUCAGCCUCCCGUCUGUCCCUCCUUAGACGUACCUCCUCCACCUCCAGUCCCCCCAGAUCACGUAGUCACUCCAGAGGGUCCCGCGGUUCCCGUUCCUCCAUCAUUCUCAACCAGCCUCCGCUGAGCGCCAACUCCUCCCCUUCCGCCUCCCCUUUCGCCACCCCUCAAAACACGCCCCCCAUCGCCCACCGCGCUUCAUCAUCUCGCCGCUCCCCAGGACCCUCUCAGCAGGGACCCGAGCUGCUGGUGGCACGGGGAUUGAGAGAGGACAUUCCAGAGGUUGUGGUGUUCCCACCCGAGGAGGAGGAGGAGGAGGAGGAACCGCACUCACUGUUUUCCGCCACUCAGGAAGAGCAGGUGGCACAUGACCCGGGCAGGCUGGCACAGCUCUUGCCCCCACCGCAGUCAGGUCUUCUUGCGUCCCCCCAGUCGGCCCCGGGGAGCCUGGAGAACAGUAAGCCCAGUGAAAGCCGUAUGAACGGCGCUGGUGGCAGCAGGGAAAACAGCACUGUAGACUUUAGCAAGGCCAGCCAAUCCCCUUUUCACUGUAGUUGCAGCUCUUUGGGAGGGGGCGGCAAAAGGCCUACUGUGGACAUGAAUUUCAUGAAGAAAAUUCCUCCAGGCGCUGAGGCUUCUAAUGUUUUGGUGGGGGAGGUUGAUUUCCUUGAGCGUCCAAUCAUUGCCUUUAUCCGUCUCUCACCUGCUGUUCUUCUCACUGGCCUGACCGAAGUGCCAGUUCCAACAAGGUUUCUCUUCUUGCUGUUGGGGCCUUUCGGGAAAGGGGGCCAAUACCAUGAGAUUGGCAGGUCGAUAGCUACUUUAAUGACAGAUGAGAUCUUUCAUGAUGUAGCAUACAAAGCCAAAGACAGGAUCGACCUUCUGUCUGGCAUAGACGAGUUUUUGGACCAGGUGACAGUGCUGCCUCCAGGAGAAUGGGACCCCACGAUACGAAUCGAGCCACCAAAAAGUGUCCCGUCUCAGGAGAAGAGGAAGAUGCCUUCCAUGCCUAAUGGCUCUGCUUCACUAUCAGAGAUUAUCAAAGAAGAGGAACACCACACUGGACCUGAACUCCAGAGGACAGGACGGAUAUUUGGUGGACUGGUGCUAGACGUUAAGCGGAAAGCUCCGUUUUACUUGAGCGAUGUGCGGGAUGCUCUUAGCCUGCAGUGCUUGGCCUCCAUCCUUUUCCUCUACUGUGCCUGCAUGUCCCCCGUCAUCACCUUCGGAGGCCUUCUGGGGGAAGCCACCAAAAACAACAUAAGUGCCAUUGAGUCUCUGUUUGGAGCUUCGCUGACCGGUGUGGCCUUCUCUCUGUUUUCUGGUCAGCCUCUCACUAUCCUGGGCAGCACUGGGCCAGUUCUAGUUUUUGAGAAGAUUCUUUUCAAGUUCUGCAGUGACUACGGUCUGUCCUACCUCCCUCUGCGCACUAGCAUUGGCCUGUGGACGGCCUUCUUGUGUAUCGUGUUGGUUGCCACAGAUGCCAGCUCUCUAGUGUGCUAUAUAACGAGAUUCACAGAGGAAGCCUUCGCAGCUCUCAUCUGCAUCAUUUUCAUUUAUGAGGCCUUGGAGAAACUCUUCCAGCUGGGGGAGAUGUUCCCUUUCAACAUGCACGACAAUUUGGAUAACCUCACAGUUUACACAUGUCAGUGUUCAUCUCCAUCUAAUAUCACAGAGAAGAUGGUACAGGCAUGGAAUCAGUCAGGUUUUAAUCCUGAGACCAUAAAUUGGAGUGACCUUGAUGUGCCGAAUUGCAAGAAACUCCAUGGCGAGUUUGUGGGUCCUGCUUGUGGACAUAAUGGCCCGUACAUCCCUGACGUAUUGUUCUGGUCUGUCAUUCUGUUCUUCACCACUUUCUUCCUGUCAUCCUUCCUCAAGCAGUUCAAGACCAAGCGCUAUUUCCCCACUAAGGUCCGCUCUUCAAUCAGUGACUUUGCAGUUUUUCUAACCAUUAUGAUUAUGGUCUUGGUUGAUUACUUGGUGGGCGUCCCCUCUCCUAAACUACACGUCCCAGAUACCUUUGAGCCCACCUCUAAGAACCGUGGCUGGCUGAUCUCACCUCUGGGUGAUAACCCCACAUGGACGUUGUUUGCAGCAGCCAUCCCUGCCCUCCUGUGCACCAUCCUCAUCUUCAUGGAUCAGCAGAUCACCGCUGUCAUCAUCAACCGUAAAGAACACAAGCUCAAGAAAGGCUGCGGGUAUCAUCUUGACCUUCUGGUGGUGGCCGUGAUGCUCGGCGUGUGUUCUGUGAUGGGCUUGCCCUGGUUCGUCGCUGCCACCGUCCUCUCCAUCUCUCACGUCAACAGUUUGAAGGUGGAGUCGGAGUGCUCAGCCCCAGGAGAGCAGCCCAAGUUUUUGGGCAUUCGUGAGCAGAGGGUUACUGGGCUCAUGAUCUUUGUGCUUAUGGGUCUGUCUGUCUUCAUGACAUCAAUUCUAAAGUUUAUCCCAAUGCCCGUAUUGUAUGGAGUGUUCCUCUACAUGGGUGUCUCCUCCCUCAAAGGCAUACAGUUCUUUGACCGUAUUAAGCUGUUUGGGAUGCCGGCAAAGCACCAGCCUGACCUGAUCUACCUGAGAUACGUGCCGCUGUGGAAGGUUCACAUGUUCACAAUAGUUCAGCUCACCUGCCUGGUGCUGCUGUGGGUCAUCAAAGCGUCUGCUGCUGCGGUGGUCUUCCCUAUGAUGGUUCUUGCUCUGGUAUUUGUGAGGAAGCUUCUGGAUUUCUGCUUCAUGAAGAGGGAGCUUAGCUGGUUGGAUGACCUAAUGCCAGAAAGCAAGAAGAAAAAAGAAGACGACAAAAAGAAAAAGGCAAAAGAGGAAGCACAGCGCAUAAUGGAGGCUCAAGGAAGAAUGGAGAUCCCUUAUGAUAAUGGGGACCACCUGGAAAUCCCUGUGAAGACCACUAAAGUCAGCACUGACCCCUCUGUGGUUAACAUAUCUGAUGAGAUGGCCAAAACUGCUGUGUGGAAAGCUGUUGCCAUGAGCUCUGACAGUGCCAAAGUAUUGAAACCUAGUGCCAGUGAAGAGAAGACGGCUAGUAUUAAGAUCAAUGUGGAGGAUGAGCAGGGGGAUAAAUGUGUGGAUACCGAGACGUCAUUAUGAGCAGAUUUGAGAGCUCACUGUGAACACGUGCAGGGCCCUUCCCAGAGUCCUCUAGUCUGGAACGGUGUUGCUCUGUUUUGUGUGCCCUUCCAACCUGCCUAAGUCAAGCCAAAGGUAGAGACGCCCGAUAGAGGGCUGAGAAAUCACUUCCACGUAUAUUUAUCUAAGUUUCUAUUUUUAAUCACACCAACAAACCCUUUUUUAUUUUGUACAAUUCGUUUUUAAUAUGAAUAAAACACCAUGAUUUCAGACAUAUAGGGUAUGUUAUGAAGAACUCUUCAGACUCUUAGGUUUCAUACAUUUCUUUUAUUUUCUUUAUUUUAUUUUUCUCAAGAUAAUGAAGACAAAGUCUUUUAGGAUUAGUUUUACAUGCUAAAAUCCUGUUUCUCACGGUACCACAGUUUUCAGAUCAUCACCGAAGAUGUUUUUCUUUCAGUACAUUAAAAUGCUGUUUGUUGCAGAGUGCUGCUUUUAAAAAAUAAAUAAAUGCAUAUAUGAGAAAAUGUCUCAUUGAGACCAAAGGUGGUGACAUUAGGCUGCAUGGCUGACCUUCCAAACUACUGGAAAAACAGCGUGCCAAGCGAACACUUCAAAAUGUCACAUGAAGGGCAUAUUAAACCUAAAUACAAAGUUAAUUAUUAUUAUUGUACUUUAAUUGUAAAAAUGUCAUACAAAAUGAUGGUCUGACAGAUUACUUGAUAAUUUAUGUACAAAUACUAUAUUAAAACAAAACCGAAGGAGAACAAACAGAUCAAUUCUUGCAGUCACUCUGAAAAUAAAUAUCAAGAAAAAUUCAAACUUGA